AUGAUGAUGAUGUCCCUGAACAGCAAGCAGGCGUUCAGCAUGCCGCACGGCGGCAGCCUGCACGUGGAGCCCAAGUACUCGGCACUGCACAGCGCCUCGCCCGGGUCCUCCGCGCCCGCGGCGCCCUCCGCUAGCUCCCCCAGCGGCUCGAGCAAUGCCGGCGGCGGCGGCGGCAGUGGCGGGGGCGGUGGGGGCCGUAGCAGCAGCUCCAGUAGCAGCGGCAGCAGCGGCAGCAGCGGCGGGGGCUCCGAGGCGAUGCGGAGAGCGUGUCUUCCAACCCCACCGAGCAAUAUAUUCGGCGGGCUGGAUGAGAGUCUGCUGGCCCGCGCCGAGGCUCUGGCGGCCGUGGACAUCGUCUCCCAGAGCAAGAGCCACCACCACCACCCACCCCACCACAGCCCCUUCAAGCCGGACGCCACCUACCACACCAUGAACACCAUCCCGUGCACGUCCGCUGCCUCUUCUUCAUCGGUGCCCAUCUCGCACCCGUCCGCGCUGGCAGGCACGCACCACCACCACCACCAUCACCACCACCACCACCAUCAGCCUCAUCAGGCGCUGGAGGGCGAGUUGCUGGAGCACCUGAGUCCCGGUCUGGCCCUGGGUGCCAUGGCUGGCCCCGACGGCGCCGUAGUGUCCACGCCGACUCACGCGCCGCACAUGGCUACCAUGAACCCCAUGCACCAAGCAGCGCUCAGCAUGGCCCACGCACAUGGGCUGCCCUCACACAUGGGCUGCAUGAGCGACGUGGACGCCGACCCCCGGGACCUGGAGGCAUUCGCCGAGCGCUUCAAGCAGCGACGCAUCAAGCUGGGGGUGACCCAGGCCGAUGUGGGCUCCGCGCUGGCCAACCUCAAGAUCCCUGGGGUGGGCUCGCUUAGCCAGAGCACCAUCUGCAGGUUCGAAUCCCUUACGUUGUCGCACAACAAUAUGAUCGCGCUCAAACCCAUCCUGCAAGCGUGGCUGGAAGAGGCCGAGAAGUCCCACCGCGAGAAGCUCACCAAGCCGGAGCUCUUCAACGGCGCAGAGAAGAAGCGCAAGCGCACGUCUAUCGCAGCGCCAGAGAAACGUUCUCUUGAAGCCUACUUCGCCAUCCAGCCGCGGCCAUCCUCCGAGAAGAUCGCCGCCAUCGCCGAGAAGCUGGACCUUAAGAAAAACGUGGUGCGUGUCUGGUUCUGCAACCAGAGGCAGAAACAGAAAAGAAUGAAAUAUUCUGCGGGCAUUUAG